AUGGGUCAGAAUUCGUCCCAGCCCGAGGGAAUCCCUGAUCUCCCCGAAGAAUUCGGAGUCGUCGUUCCCGAAACUUCGUAUGCAGAACACGACGCACCGGAGCACAAAAAGAAAAGCAAGAAAAAUCGCCACUCAAAGAAGGAGAACUUAAUUCAACCCGAAGAGGCCAAUGGCAUAGAAACUCCACUUUCAAAUGACGAUGCGACCAAGCCCUCGAAGCGCAAGCGCGAGGACGAACCCGAGCGCAAGAGGUCCAAGAAGAAAAACCACACGGAUGACGCGCAACAUGAAUCAGAACAUCCUUCGACACAAUCGCCUUCCGCGCUAAAGGUUUCCUUGUCCAGCCAAACCACCCCAUCGAAGGCUGAACGCAAAGACAAGAAACCCCACAAGUCCAACAAGGAAAAGAGAGAUGCGGAUGUCACAGCUUCUGCCACUUCUCAGGCUUCUCGCGCCACUCCGGCUGCCAAAGACGCUCCCACAAGUGAACAGCAGCUGUCCACAGAAGGAAGAGGCAAGAUCCGAGGCCCAAGGACCAGAGAGGCAGACAACAAGAAAAUCGGGUUCUACACCCCGGAGGAACUCGAGAAGAUUGAAACACACAAGGUCAAUUUUUGUAAUUGGCACGGCAUCAGUGGCCUCAAAUACGACGAAUUGAUCCAGCAUUCAGAGCGUGGCUCCCAGGACUGGCCACUCCCCACAGAGACCAUCAGCAAAUCCGAAUUUUGGGAUGAGAUCUACUCUCUUCUUCCUGGCCGUGACCGACGGUCCGUCUAUCGGUUCAUGCGCCGCCACUUCCAGGGCUCAACUCAAAGGGCACAUGAUUGGUCACCGGAGCAAGAUGAAGAGCUCAUCGAGCUGCACGCCCAGCAUGGACCGAAAUGGACGUACAUCGGCAAACUCAUUGGUCGCAGUGAUGACGAUGUGACUCAGCGCUGGAGGAACAGGCUCAAGUACAAGGAGACCAUGAACCGCGGCGCGUGGUCGGCAGAUGAAACAAAAAUCUUUCUACAAGCUAUGCAGUCAGUCUGGGAAACAUUGAGCCACACCCUCAACCAAGAGGAGAAACGCAAAUGCUUGGGCAAAGACUUCUAUGAGAUGGAUGAGAGUCUGGUUCCCUGGGGUACCAUCAGCGACACCUUGGAUAAUAAACGAUCUGAACAACAGUGCUCUGACAAAUUCCGCAAGGUUCGACCCGUUGUCAUGAGAAUGCGAGCCAACGGACAGCCAGACGCCGUCUUCGAUUACGAAACCUCUGCUAAGAGGGCUCGCAACUGGAACAGAAAAAUUGGCAAAGGCCAAAUCAGCGACCAAUACGUGAAGGAUGAUGACCAUGACGUGGACAUGGACGCGGACGAGAUUGGAGAGAUGCCCGGCCCACAGCCAACCCGUACGCAAGGGUUCUCUGAGAUUGCUCAGGAAAUUAGCCAUGCUUCUAGCCAAGAAACUGAUGCCGAGUCUGAAUCGACGAAACGGCCAAAGGAGGCUAAGAAAUCCAAGAAGGGCGACCAUACCGAGGACCUCGUUGCAGACGAACAAGCCGUGUCGCGCCCCAAGACCAAAGAAGAGGGGAAGCGCGAGAAGAAGGAGAGGCGGGAGAAAGAGAAGCAAGAGAAUGCUGAGGUUGAAGUGAAGGCUGAGAAAGCUGCACGAAAGGAGCGCAAGAAGCAGAAGAAAGCGGAAAAGAAGAGACGGGAGGAAGAACGCCGUGCCGCUGAAGCCGCUGAAGCAUCGAACAGCGAGGCAGAGAGUGAGCCUCCAAAGGAGAAGACCAAGGAGACUGAGGCUGGCCACAACUCUGACGGUGAUAAUGACAACACACAACCUUCCCCCGCUGCUCCCUCUCCCAAUUCCACCAAAGCCGACACUCCAGUCUACGAUGAAACCGACAGUGGCGAGGAAGAAGAGGAUGACAGCAAUACAGACGUGAAGUUUGAAUCCGACUCGGAGUGA